CAUUGCAACUUAAUUUCAGUUAUUGCCAGUUUUCGAGGCACUGUCCCAUAUGGCCUGUCACUGGAAAUUGGAGAUACUGUUCAGAUCCUGGAGAAGUGUGAUGGCUGGUACAGAGGAUUUGCCUUAAAAAACCCAAAUAUCAAGGGUAUAUUUCCUUCCAGCUAUGUUCACUUGAAAAAUGCCUGUGUAAAGAACAAAGGACAAUUUGAAAUGGUUAUUCCCACUGAAGAUUCUGUUAUCACAGAGAUGACAUCAACAUUAAGAGACUGGGGAACCAUGUGGAAACAACUCUAUGUGAGAAAUGAAGGUGAUCUCUUCCACCGCCUGUGGCACAUCAUGAAUGAAAUCCUAGAUCUGAGGAGGCAGGUGCUAGUCGGCCAUCUUACCCACGACAGGAUGAAGGACGUAAAGCGCCACAUUACUGCCAGACUGGACUGGGGAAAUGAACAACUGGGACUAGACCUGGUGCCUAGGAAGGAGUACGCCAUGGUAGACCCCGAGGACAUCAGCAUCACUGAGCUGUACCGACUGAUGGAGCAUCGACAUCGGAAGAAAGACACCCCAAUGCAGGCCAGUAGUCACCACCUCUUUGUCCAGAUGAAGAGCCUCAUGUGUUCCAACCUGGGAGAGGAGCUGGAGGUCAUCUUUUCCCUCUUUGACAGUAAAGAGAAUCGCCCAAUCAGUGAGAGAUUUUUCUUGAGACUGAAUAGAAAUGGCCUCCCCAAAGCCCCAGAUAAGCCCGAACGACACUGCUCUCUCUUUGUGGAUUUAGGUAGCAGUGACCUCAGGAAGGACAUCUACAUCACUGUGCACAUUAUCCGAAUUGGACGAAUGGGAGCAGGAGAAAAAAAGAAUGCCUGCAGUGUUCAGUAUCGGCGACCUUUUGGCUGUGCAGUUCUUAGCAUCGCAGAUCUUCUAACAGGAGAGACGAAGGAUGACCUUGUCCUGAAAGUGUACAUGUGUAACACAGAGAGUGAGUGGUAUCAAAUCCACGAGAACAUCAUCAAAAAGCUGAAUGCCCGCUAUAAUUUGACUGGCUCCAAUGCAGGGUUGGCAGUUUCCCUCCAGCUGCUACAUGGAGACAUUGAACAAAUCAGAAGAGAGUACUCCUCAGUGUUCUCUCAUGGAGUAUCCAUAACACGGAAGCUGGGUUUUUCUAACAUUAUCAUGCCUGGUGAAAUGAGGAAUGAUUUAUAUAUCACCGUAGAAAGGGGAGAAUUUGAGAAAGGAGGGAAGAGUGUGGCCAGAAAUGUGGAAGUUACAAUGUUCAUUGUAGAUAGCAAUGGACUGCCCUUAAAGGAUUUUAUCUCCUUUGGCUCUGGAGAGCCACCGGCUAGUGAGUACCACUCCUUUGUGCUCUAUCAUAACAACAGUCCCAGGUGGUCAGAGCUGCUGAAACUUCCUAUCCCUGUGGAUAAGUUCCGGGGCUCCCACAUCCGCUUUGAGUUCCGGCAUUGUUCCACGAAGGAGAAAGGAGAGAAGAAGUUGUUUGGCUUCUCUUUUGUUCCCCUGAUGCAAGAAGAUGGGAGGACUCUUCCAGAUGGCACACACGAGCUUAUCGUGCAUAAGUGUGAAGAAAACACAAACCUUCAAGAUACUACCCGCUACCUCAAGCUUCCAUUUUCCAAGGUCAUCUUCCUUGGGAACAAUAAUCAAACCAUGAAGGCCACAAAGGAGUCCUUUUGGAUAACAUCGUUUCUCUGCUCUACAAAACUCACUCAAAAUGGUGAUAUGCUUGAUCUUUUGAAAUGGAGAACCCACCCAGACAAGAUCACAGGCUGUCUCUCUAAGUUAAAAGAAAUCGAUGGCUCAGAGAUAGUAAAGUUUCUACAAGACACGCUGGAUACGUUGUUUGGAAUACUAGAUGAAAAUUCCCAAAAAUAUGGCUCUAAAGUGUUUGACUCUUUGGUCCACAUAAUAAAUUUGCUGCAAGAUAGCAAGUUCCAUCAUUUUAAGCCUGUCAUGGACACUUACAUCGAGAGUCACUUUGCUGGGGCACUUGCUUACAGAGAUCUCAUCAAAGUGCUCAAGUGGUACGUGGACAGGAUAACAGAAGCAGAGCGGCAAGAGCAUAUCCAGGAGGUGCUGAAGGCACAAGAAUACAUUUUUAAGUAUAUAGUUCAAUCCCGGAGGCUGUUUUCCCUUGCCACGGGUGGGCAGAACGAAGAGGAAUUCCGCUGCUGCAUCCAGGAGCUCCUUAUGUCUGUCCGCUUCUUUCUUUCACAAGAGAGCAAAGGGGCUGGAGCGUUGUCUCAAUCACAGGCUGUGUUCCUGAGCUCCUUCCCAGCUGUGUACUCAGAACUGUUGAAGCUCUUUGAUGUCCGGGAAGUGGCCAACUUGGUACAGGACACUCUGGGCAGCCUGCCGACCAUCGUGCAUGUGGAUGACUCCCUGCAGGCAAUUAAGCUUCAGUGCAUUGGCAAAACCGUGGAGAGCCAGCUCUACACCAACCCAGACUCGAGGUAUAUUCUCCUGCCUGUCGUAUUGCAUCACCUCCACAUCCACUUGCAAGAACAGAAGGACUUGAUCAUGUGCGCACGUAUCCUUAGCAACGUGUUCUGUCUCAUCAAGAAAAAUAGCUCAGAAAAGUCUGUGUUGGAGGAAAUAGACGUGAUAGUGGCCAGCUUGCUGGAUAUCCUGCUCAGGACCAUCUUGGAGAUCACCAGUCGGCCUCAAGCCACCAGCUCUGCCAUGCGUCUGCAGUUCCAGGAUGUCACUGGGGAAUUUGUUGCCUGUCUUCUUUCCCUGUUACGACAAAUGACAGAUAGACAUUAUCAACAACUUCUUAAUAGUUUCAACACUAAGGAAGAGCUACGGGAUUUCCUACUGCAGAUAUUUACUGUGUUCCGAAUUUUGAUACGCCCAGAGAUGUUCCCUAAGGACUGGACCGUCAUGCGCCUGGUAGCUAACAAUGUUAUCAUUACAACAGUCCUGUACCUCUCAGAUGCACUCCGAAAGAACUUCUUAAAUGAGAAUUUUGAUUAUAAGAUCUGGGAUUCCUACUUUUACCUUGCUGUCAUUUUUAUAAAUCAGUUAUGUCUGCAACUGGAGAUGUUCACACCUUCCAAAAAGAAGAAGGUGCUAGAAAAGUAUGGUGAUAUGCGGGUCACCAUGGGUUGUGAAAUUUUUAGCAUGUGGCAAAACCUAGGAGAACACAAACUUCAUUUCAUCCCUGCCCUGAUUGGCCCCUUCCUAGAAGUGACCUUGAUACCCCAGCCAGAUCUCCGGAAUGUCAUGAUUCCUAUUUUCCAUGAUAUGAUGGACUGGGAGCAGAGGAGGAGUGGCAAUUUCAAACAGGUGGAGGCCAAGCUAAUUGACAAAUUGGAUAGCCUGAUGUCAGAGGGCAAAGGUGAUGAAACAUACCGUGAGCUCUUCAACAGUAUUCUACUAAAGAAAAUUGAGCGGGAAACAUGGAGGGAAAGUGGCGUUUCAUUAAUUGCCACUGUCACUCGGCUGAUGGAGAGGUUGUUAGAUUACAGGGACUGCAUGAAAAUGGGAGAAGUGGAUGGUAAAAAGAUUGGCUGCACAGUUAGCCUUCUGAACUUCUACAAGACUGAGCUGAACAAGGAGGAGAUGUACAUCCGCUACAUCCACAAACUCUACGAUCUGCACCUCAAGGCACAGAAUUUCACAGAGGCUGCCUACACUCUCCUCUUGUAUGAUGAGCUGCUGGAGUGGUCUGAUCGGCCCCUCAGGGAGUUCCUGACCUACCCCAUGCAAACAGAAUGGCAGCGCAAGGAGCACCUGCACCUCACCAUCAUCCAGAACUUUGACAGAGGCAAAUGUUGGGAGAAUGGCAUUAUCUUGUGCCGGAAGAUUGCAGAGCAGUAUGAGAGUUACUAUGACUACAGGAACCUGAGCAAGAUGAGGAUGAUGGAAGCCUCUUUGUAUGACAAAAUUAUGGACCAGCAGCGUUUGGAACCUGAGUUCUUCCGAGUUGGAUUUUACGGGAAAAAAUUCCCAUUUUUCUUAAGAAAUAAGGAGUUUGUAUGUCGCGGGCAUGACUACGAAAGACUGGAGGCCUUCCAACAGCGAAUGCUGAACGAGUUCCCCCAUGCCAUCGCCAUGCAGCACGCCAACCAGCCGGAUGAGACCAUCUUCCAGGCGGAGGCUCAGUAUUUGCAGAUCUAUGCUGUGACUCCCAUUCCAGAGAGCCAGGAAGUACUGCAGAGAGAGGGGGUUCCUGACAACAUCAAGAGCUUCUACAAAGUAAAUCACAUCUGGAAGUUCCGCUAUGACAGGCCAUUCCACAAAGGCACAAAGGACAAGGAGAAUGAAUUCAAGAGUCUCUGGGUGGAGAGAACAUCACUCUACUUGGUGCAGAGUUUACCUGGCAUCUCCCGCUGGUUUGAGGUGGAAAAGCGUGAAGUGGUUGAAAUGAGUCCCCUGGAAAACGCCAUUGAAGUGUUAGAAAAUAAAAACCAGCAACUGAAGGCUCUCAUCAGCCAGUGUCAGACAAGGCAGAUGCAGAACAUCAACCCCUUGACCAUGUGCCUCAAUGGAGUCAUAGAUGCCGCAGUGAAUGGUGGGGUUUCCAGGUACCAAGAGGCAUUCUUUGUCAAAGACUAUAUUUUAAGUCAUCCUGAAGAUGGGGAGAAGAUAGCACGGUUAAGAGAGCUGAUGCUUGAGCAGGCACAGAUUCUGGAAUUCGGUCUGGCCGUGCACGAGAAGUUUGUACCUCAAGAUAUGAGACCCCUUCACAAAAAACUGGUGGACCAGUUCUUUGUGAUGAAAUCGAGCUUUGGGAUCCAGGAGUUCCCUGCUUGUAUUCAGGCCAGUCCUGUUCAUUUUCCUAAUGGAAGUCCUCGUGUGUGUAGAAACUCAGCCCCUGCUUCCAUGAGUCCAGAUGGUACCAGGGUAAUUCCUAGACGCAGCCCAUUAAGUUACCCAGCUGUCAACCGGUAUUCCUCGUCCUCGCUGUCCUCCCAAGCCUCUGCUGAAGUAAGCAAUAUUACAGGGCAGUCAGAAAGCUCUGACGAAGUCUUUAACAUGCAGCCCAGCCCAUCUACCUCAAGCCUGAGUUCCACUCACUCUGCUUCACCUAAUGUGACCAGUUCUGCUCCAUCGAGUGCCAGAGCUUCUCCUUUGUUGUCUGACAAACACAAACAUUCCAGAGAAAACUCUUGCCUGUCCCCAAGAGAUAGACCGUGCAGUGCCAUUUACCCAACACCUGUGGAGCCUUCCCAGAGAACACUGUUUAAUCAUAUUGGAGAUGGGGCCUUGCCGCGCAGUGACCCCAAUCUCUCCGCACCUGAGAAAGCUGUGAAUCCCACCCCUAGCAGCUGGAGCCUGGACAGUGGGAAGGAAGCCAAGAACAUGUCGGAUGGUGGGAAACUUAUUUCUCCCCCCGUCCCUCCAAGGCCCACACAGACUGCUUCACCAGCAAGACACACAACACCAGUAUCCCCGUCACCUGUUGGACGGUCUCCAUUGAAGGGCUCAGUACAGUCCUUUACCCCAUCUCCAGUGGAGUACAACUCCCCAGGACUGAGUUCAAACUCCCCGGUCUUGUCGGGCAGCUACAGCAGUGGGAUCUCAUCGCUUAGCCGGUGUAGUACGUCGGAAACCUCAGGCUUUGAAAACCAAGCAAAUGAACAGUCGGUGGCCAUGCCCGGGCCCGUGCCCGUGUCCGUGCCCAUGCCCGUGCCCAGCUUCAGCGGGUCGGAGGAGCCAGUACGCAAGGAAAGCAAAACCCCGCCUCCCUACAGUGUCUACGAGCGGACUCUGAGGCGCCCUGUCCCGCUACCUCACAGCCUCUCCAUCCCUGUCACCUCCGAGCCACCUGCCCUGCCCCCCAAACCCUUGGCUGCGAGAUCCAGCCACCUAGAGAAUGGGACCCGAAGGACUGAGCCUGGCCCGAGGCCCAGACCCCUGCCCCGCAAGGUGUCUCAGCUCUAA